AUGAAAAGAUCACAAUCCAUCAAUACGGUGCUUUCCUUUGAUCAACUCAACGAACAAUUGAAAAAUGAAAUUAAAUACAUUGAGGAUUUUCUGGAACUUGCCGAAAAAUGUAAAGAUCUACGACCCAUUCUUCCCAUUCAUGCUACUUUUUACAGAAAACAAUCGAAAAUUCCUUCGUUUUGGAUCCAAGCAGAAGAAGAACGGUAUCGGAAGAAACUUGAAAUUUCAUCCAACCCUCAAUCCAACCUCAAUAAUGGAGCCUCUUCAACAGCAAUUCCGAACUCUAAUUCACCAUCAUCCUCUCCACCUCCAUCCACCGAGAAUAAGUCCCAUCCAUCUUCCCCUCAAGCAACAGCAAAUUCUCCCUCUUCUCCUUCCAUAAUGGUCAUGAAUAAUAAUUUAUUUAUGAAUAAUAAUAAUAAUAGUAAUGUUCAUCAUAACAACAGCAGCAUCAAUACAUCCAACCAACCACAGGGAAAUUCAUUACACCCGACACAUUCACGAAGUGUAUCUGCUUCUAAAAACUCGACAUGGAAAUUGCGUCACCAACAAUACCACAAUAGAUUCAUGUCGGAAGCAUCUGAUGUCAGUGGUAACCCAAGUUUAACAUCAUAUGUUGGACUAAAUUCUAACUUUUCUCCGAAUGUAUCAGUAACCAGUAUGCACUACACUCAAUUUAUUCCAAAUUUUGAAAUUGUUGACAAGCACCAAUUAUAUGAAUCAAAAUUAACUCAAGAUGUAGAUGUUAUUGAAUUAGAUGAAAAUUGGUCACUUUAUAGAGAUAUUAAAAUAUUAAAUGAUCAACUGGAUUCAAUAACUGGAAAAUUCAAUACUGAUGAAGAUAAAGAAAUACCAUAUUCAAAUAUGGAAGAAUAUGAGAAUGCUCUCGUUGCAGAAAUGACAAAGAGAUUAGAAAUUUCACAAGUGCUCAGAGAUCAUCAACAGUAUGCAGAGGCGUACUCACACUUGUGUUGUGUGGAACAACUUGCAAUCAACAACCAAAAUUGCAAAUUCGUCCCUAAAAUUGACCUUUUACAUGCCAAAGCUCUUUUUUUAAAGUCGUUACUUUUACGGCAGAAAAAGAAGAAUGACGAUGCUAACGACUAUUUGCAAUCAGCUCAAGAAAAAACCGAUGCACUUCUUAAAGCUAUUGCUCCUUCAGAAUUUAUUUGCAAUAACUCUCCUUCGUUUAUUGUACUUUCCACUAGGAUUUUACAUGCAGAAAUUUUACUUUGUUUGGCCGAAGAAAUGAUGAAUUCUUCUGCAAUGGCAGAAAUUACAAAACCAACCUAUUCCAGCUGUGAAAUGACCGUGAACGAGAAAAAGUAUCUCUGCAAAGUGCUUUCCACAUUUUUAGUUCCUGCUCUUGACGAUUUGAGGACACUGACUUCAAGCAGAGCUCUCUCAGUUCUCAACAUACACGUAUUUCUCAUCAUUAUUUACAAUUUAGCUCUUUGUAUGCGUGCUCUUAAUGAAAUUUCACUUGCCAAACGACUUUUGCACUUAAAAAAGAGACUCAGAUCUGAUCAGUUCCUUCUCUCGAGCAGCGAGGCACUCACUAUCACAGAAGACGAAGAGAUUGCAGGAGAUGAUUUUGAACGAGAUCAGCUCGAAGCAGAAACUAUGGACAAAAUGGAAAAGCUAUUGAAAGAGAUCGAUCAGAUCGAGAAAACGAACAAUGAGGAAAAACCAAAACAACAUAGCUGGGAAGAAGAUAGUGACGAUACAAGUAGUGGAAGUGAUUGGGGAAAUGAUUUCAAUUUUGAUGAUGCUCCAAAAUCGUCCUUAGCAGGCUUUUUAUUCGGAGAGGAGAAGGAGGACUCGGACGCUACCAAUGAAGACAUUUUUGAAGAAGAGCUCUUUCCAAACAAAUACAGAUUGUUUAAAUCCAGAACAUACAAAGAAGACUCCAUGCUGCCUGAACUUGUGCUGAGCAAAAACCUUAUUAAUGGAAAAAAUGGUUUUAAUGACAAGAGAGAAAUGUUGAUGUGGUGUCAAUCACUAAAACCAAAGAAACUAAAAGAUCAGACAGUGAUUGACUCUUGCACUCGUGACGACUAUGCCAAUUUUUUGCUGGGCAGGCUGGAAAAGCGAGUUCAAAAAUAUGAUUUUUCGAUGGAAUUUAUUGAAAACUUUUAUGAAAUUUGCUAUAGGUUAAUUAACCUCGGAAAACAGCCGCUAACUACAAAGAACAUAUUAACAAAAUUCUUUGAAAAUCUUUCAACCGAUAUUGUCAACAAAAUGGCACCUAAUGAGCGAGCUUAUGUUUUUCAUGUUAGUGUUGACUUGUUGAAAGCUGCUCAUGCGACAAAACUCUUCAAUCUUGAAGAGCCCAGUCAAAGCCAUGAAUUUACUGAUUUAAUUUCAUUACUUUUCCAUCAUUUUUCUCAUCAACGGUCUAGCCUUAUCAUUCUACAAUGUGAAAUACAAAUCAAGUAUCACAUAUCUCAACUGCUAAACGGAAUUUUGCCAGAGUAUGAAAGUAUUGGUGAAGUUUUCACAACAAUGGCAAUGAUAUUUAACGAAGUUUUUGAUAUUACUGAAGAGGCCAUGGAAAAAAGCGACCUGUUUUAUCAACAAGUGGAUUCCAAGCUAAAGGAUGAGCCGUUAGUGACUGGAAUUACUUCAACAGCUGCGGCGAACAGCUUCAACUCUCCCUACUUCUCAUUUCCAACCCCAUCUGAGAUGGGAGCCAAAAUCGUUGUAUUUUUAGAGCUUUACGAUUUGGCUUUGAGAAGACAUGCAGGCUCGGAGACUUGGAUUCCUCACUUUAGACAUCCAUUGCUAAACUCGCAAGAACGAAUAGCUGUCAUGUUCAGCAAGUUCUAUAACAGAAUGUGUAUUUCUAAAGAAAAAGCCAUUGUAGCGUACACUCUAGGAUCAUGUUGGAUGCAACAAGAUGAUAUGGAUUUAUCAAAAUUGGCCGAAUGUGUCCUCUUUGAAAGCGUUUAUGUUUUCCAAAAGUCACCUCCUCUCUGUAGUGCACUUCCCACAAUAAUAACAGCAGACGCUUUGAGAGCAAUGCAAAAAUUUGGAGACGUACUUUAUGCAAAUAGAAAGUACCCUUAUGCUGCAAUUAUUUUCGAAAUUUAUACUCAAAAUUAUAGACUUUUAGCCUCAGAGUUUGACUACAAGUUCAUAGAUGAAUUGGCAGCUAUGGCCGUUAAAAACGAUGACUGGAAUAGGUCGAUUCGCUAUUACACUAUUUUGAAUGAAAAGGCAUGCCGUGAAAAGAGAGUUGCUGUUAUUGCUAACACCUCUUCUAAAUUGUCUUCUCUGUUCAUGGAAAAGGGUGAGCUCAGAAAUGCAGAACGAGUGAAACGUGAUGCUCUCGAAACGAUCAAAUCACUUUCUUCAUCGACAGAGUUCAAGUUAGAGCUAGAAAUUGAUUAUGCCAAACUAUUGUUGAAUGGUGGUAACUUGGAACGAUGCAUAAGCAUUUGUUUUAACUUAAUGCAAAGCUCAUGCAAUAGCUUUAAUAACAUUAAGAACCCAGAAUUGUACAUCACAAUUGCUGAAGCUUAUCUCAAGAAAAGGUGGUAUAGAGAAUGCGAAAAAGUGUUGAGAGAACUUGCUCUAAUAAUGGAGAGCAAUUUUAUGCAGCUGCAACAACAACAAGAAAUGCGUAUCUUAGAAAUUGUGAUCAAGUACUACCGAAAACGAUCUUUGUUUGGAAAUGCAAUUGAGACGGUAAAUAUGGCACUGUAUCGAUGCAACCGAACCUUCUCAACCUUAGCUCAACUGUUCAAGCUCAAAGCUAAAAUCUUUAUGAGUGUUGCGAGAUGGUGCAAUCCUGUGAACUUUCCAAAUGAGCUUUCUCCAAAGGACAAGGAGCGAUUACCCAUUCUUGUGCAAAUUCAGAAAUCUGAAGUCCUUCGAGAUGCUCCAAAUGAAAGCUAUCUUUACUCGAAGAGACCAAUGUAUAAUUUGAAGGAUGUUAUCUCCGAUGCCAUUGAUUGUCUACAAAAAGCCAAGAAAUAUUAUGAAGCAUGCUCCAACGAAAUUAAUUUAGCCAAAAUGGAUCUUCUCAUUUCACAAGUCCUUGUCGAAUUUCUAUUUUUACCUAUUGCAGUGAUGGGAAAGCAACCAGAAGACUAUGUCUAUCUUGAUACCAAAGAUUCCAUCUCAAAGUUUAAUUAUAUUGAUCUGAAUAAGGUGUUUGACGAGUACAUUGAGCCAACGUUAAAUGUUGCUGUAACAGCUUCUGAUAUUUUCUUGUGUAUGGACGUAGCAUUAACAGCUGCUGAAUGUCGAUUGUUGCAAGGAAGAACCCAAAGUGCCAAGAAGUAUUGGUGUGAGAUGAGAGAUAUUCUAUUUACUCUCUUUGUGGACAAUAGUUUGCAGUUUGUGGUGGCCAAUGGAGCCACACCAUCUACUGUCGAAAAGUUGCUAAAUUUGAUUAACAGAUGUGCUCGGUUAUUGUUAUUAUUCGAGCCCACUUUCAUUAAUUCUAAUAUUGGAGUUUUUGAUACCUUGUAUAUCAUCACCUUAGAAUACGAUCAAGUGUUAAAGAGAACUCAAGAACCAACGUCACUCUCCAUUGAUCAAAUUGACUCUAAAGCCACAAAAGUUUCAUCAUUCAUAGAUACAGAACUACUGGACAAAAACAAACCUUUUGAAGGCCUCUAUAAGGUAAACGCUCCUUCAUCUACAAUGCCAGUAUCUCUGAAAGGAUUUUCUUUUUCCUCCAUGUUGAGAUCUCCUACAUCUCCGUUCAAGACAGUCAUUGAAAAUAAUAUUCUGCAAAAUGAGAUGAAAGAAGACCCUCAACGCUCGCAGCUCAGACACAAAGUCAUUGAAAGACUCUUUUAUUGUUUAUUGAGUAUGAAAUACGAUCGUAGAAAAUAUCCUGGAGAAAUUGAUGGUCAACUUCGAUUUAAGAAUCAACAGUCGAUGAGAAGACUUUACAAUUUAAUGAACGCUGUUAGAGAAAGCAAGCUUUCUGGACACAAAAGAAGGUCGUUUUACAAUAGCUUAUCUAAUGACAGUACAAAGACUACCAAUUCAAGCAUUGACUUUUUGGAUGCAACAAAUUUGACUCUUCUCCCUGGAGACAAACUUGUUGUGGAGUCGUUAUUGUCAACUUUCAAUGAGACUAAGGGUAUCAUGAUUUCUGGUACCUUAAAGACGACAAUGAAUCUUCAAUUAGAAGGCAAUUUACAAAAACAAGCAUCUCUCGCUCCCUGUCUUACACCAUUGAAACAAGCACUCAAGAAAAUCAAAAAGAGUAAGACCUUGGAGCGAUUAGUUCUGUUACUUCAUUUGGAUAAUGUUAUUUGUUGUUACAUUCCCAACACAUUACAGAAAUCUUUUGUACAAUUUGGGGGCAGACAAAUGCUAGAUUCCAUGAGCGAGCUAACAAGUCAAAUUCAUCAAGUGGAUAGUACUGUUCUGUCUUGGUCUAAAAUGCUUGGAUCUCUUUCGAAUACCAUUCUUUUGAAAAGUCAAGACCCAGCUACAUCUGAAUACAGCAUUAAUGAAUACAUUAAGGAUCUCGUCACUGAAAGCAUGCGAGACAAGAAAGAUCGAAUUAUGAACAAAUCAAAUCUAUCAUUAUUGAGACAACAUUUUUUUGGGUUUAGAGAGGCCUUCAAAUACAAACCCGAUCCAAUAGCAUUUUCAGAAAAUUUAGAACUCUUGAAAAAAUUGGGACUUGUCAAUUUUAAUUAUGCGUCGAGUAUUAAUCAAAAAACAGGCACAUUUACAAAGAAAAAGACAUUGGGCAUGCCACGUCAAGAAGUUUUACCACUUCCCUCUACACCUAUUUCAUUACUCGUUCCAAACUCGCUUCAAGCCAUUCCAUGGGAACUUUUAUUUGAAGAAAAUGUGUUAAGAUAUUUUUCCAUGCAUAAUAUUUUCACACGGAACAAAAAGAAAGCAGCAACAGAAAUUGGAGGAUUUAUUCCAAAAGUCAAAAGAUAUCCCAAAUUCUUUAGUUUCUAUUCAAAUGAUGAUCCCAAAUUUAUUGAGCCGAUUGAGAAUGAUCGUAAGAAUUGGAUUACACAAAAUGUGAUCAGUGAAAAGUUGCAUCUAAAAGCAACAUCAGAGGCAAGAGAAAACGAAGAUGUUCGAAUGAACAUUCCAUUCCACAUUCCUAUUGUGAAAUAUGGUAAAAAGCCCUCAAGCAAAUCUUAUAAGAAGAAGUAUGAACAUGUCGAGUUUUUGAGAUUAUCCAAAGUUCUUUCGGACACACAACGAUUUGUUCGAGUGAUUGAGAGCAAACUACAAGAUGACCAAUAUCCUGUGUUUCUAUUUUCUUGGGCAGACCUUGUUGAUUUGUGCCCUCUUCACUUGUACAUUUCACAUCACUUGCAAGGUGCCAUGAUGAUCUUUGUGCCAGAUGGAUGUUAUCGAAAAUUCACUGAAUUUUUAAUGGUUCUCUAUGAAUUUUAUUGGAGUGGCAUGACACCACUGGCUGAGUCUCCACAGAAUAAGGAGACAUCCUCAUUGGUUCUGGAUAUAAACAGUUCUUCUUCUCCUGCUGUUUCAGGAACCAGCAUUAAUGAAGAGCACAAAUUGAGAAAGUUUUUGCUGUUGUGUGCUUCCGUGUUGAGAAAUGAAAAGGAGUAUUCAAUGCCGUUUGUCAUGCUGCCGUAA